GCAAUGCUGUCUGCUGCUGACGAGCCGGGGAAGGACUUCGACCCAUACAAGGACGGCCCGAGUGCAAUUGACAAAGCCGUCCACCUCUUCUUCUUCACCGAGAUUAUUAGAGGUGCGUCAUAUAUGAGCUCAUGGUCUCUUGGUCUGCGCUGAACCCUCUGCCCAGGCAUGUGGAUCGUUUUGGAGCAGUUCUUCAGGCCACCAUACACGAUUAUGUACCCAUUCGAGAAGGGGCCCCUGUCUCCUCGCUUCCGUGGAGAGCAUGCUCUGAGAAGGUACCCGAGCGGUGAAGAGCGGUGUAUUGCCUGCAAGCUCUGCGAGGCCAUCUGCCCGGCGCAGGCUAUCACCAUCGAGAGUGAGGCACGAUUGGACGGCUCGAGGAGGACUACUCGAUAUGAUAUUGAUAUGACGAAGUGCAUCUACUGCGGCUUCUGUCAGGAGGCUUGUCCCGUGGACGCGAUCGUUGAGACUCAAAACCAGGAGUACUCGACCGAGACUCGCGAAGAGCUGAUGUACAACAAAGAAAAGCUCCUUGCGAACGGCGAUGCGGCGGAAGCAGAGAUUGCGGCUAACCUGCAAGCGGACCACGUUUAUCGGUGAGGAGGCACCUGAAGCCGGUGUGGGUAAGCGCAGGAAGCGUGGGACGGAGGCCGCCACAAGGAGGGUCUCGAACUCGAAGUCCGCUUCGCCUCUUGGUGUACAUAUCCUGUCAACGGAAAGUUCGCGUGUCCUCACAUGUUCGGGAAUAGAUUGACCUUGUGACUGGGCUCAACCGCCGGCAGGGGGGUCGGUGUGUGUCCAGCCUCUUGAUUAUCGUGUCCUCCCGAUGGCUCGACUAGGAACGGGACGGGGGCUGAGCUGCCUCUGGCGCCCUGCGGGAGGUUCUACAUGGCAGAGGCGCCCGGCCGAGGACGGAAUAGUGGGUGCACGGCCGGCACGGUAUUUGUCUGCGGCGUGGCC